GGCGUGUACGCGCACAGGAACAUGGCGUCUCGCGGCAGAAGCGCAUCCUCAUGGUGCGGUACCGGCGCGUUCACAGAGGGGGAGACGAGUGGCGGGGACGAGGACGGACAGAACCUGUGGUCCUCCAUCCUGAGCGAGGUGUCCACGCGCUCCAGGUCCAAGUUACCCGCCGGGAAGAAUGUGCUCGUUUUAGGGGACGACGGCUCUGGCAAAACCUCUUUGAUGGCCAAACUCCAAGGAGUGGAGGACUACAUGAAGGGACGGGGACUCGAGUACCUUUACUUCAGCGUUCACGAUGAGGAUGUGGACGACCACGCGAGGUGUAACGCCUGGGUGCUGGACGGCGACCUGUACCACAAAGGGCUGCAGAAGUUUGCGGUGACAGCGGACAGUUUGAUGGACAGCGCCGCCCUGCUGGUAGUGGACAUUUCGCGACCGUGGACAGCCCUGGAGUCGCUGCGCAAGUGGGCGAGCGUUUUGCGGGAGUUCAUCGACAAGCUGAGGCUCCCUCCGGAGGCGAUGAGGGAGAUGGAGCAGAAACUGGCGCGCCGGUUCCAGGAAUACACGGAGCCGGGCAGCGACCUCAGCGCGUCCCACCAGCGGAGGAACCCCACCGUGACCGACGCCCAGGAGGACGGCGUGAUGCUGCCCUUGAGCGACGGCACGCUCACGCACAACCUGGGCAUCCCGGUCGUGGUUGUGUGCACGAAGUGCGACGCCAUCAGCAGCCUGGAGAAGGAGCACGAUUACCGGGACGAGCACUUUGACUUCAUCCAGUCGCACAUCCGCCGCUUCUGCCUGCAGUAUGGCGCCGCCCUGCUGUACACGUCGGUGAAGGAGAACAAAAAUGUGGACGUGCUCUACAAGUACCUGCUCCACAGCUUGUACGGCUUCCCUUUCGCUCUGCCGCCGCAAGUCGUGGAGAAGGACGCGGUGUUUGUCCCGUCCGGGUGGGACAACGAGAAGAAGAUCGCGAUCCUGCACGAGAACUUCCAGACACUGAAGGCGGACGACGGCUUCGAAGAUGUCAUCGUGAAGCCGCCCGUGCGGAAGUUUGUGCACGAGAAGGAGGUUGUGGCCGAGGACAACCAGGUGUUUCUCGUGAAGCUACAGUCCCUGCUGGCGAAGCAGCCCGCCGUGUCCGGAGGACGUCCAGUGGACGCCUCCAACCGAGGACCCGGCGGCUCGCCGCGCACCACCAACCGCUCGGCGCCUGGCAACGUACCCAACGUCAUGCCCGUGCAAACAGGUACCAAGAAGAUCGAUCCCACGGUGAAAGGGGGGCAGACCAGCGAGGGCGUCCUGGCCAACUUUUUCAACAGUCUGCUCAGCAAGAAGACGGGCUCCCCCGGGCCUGCGGGCAGCACACCUGGGGGAGGGGGCGCCACCCCUGGCACAGCCAAGAAAUCAGGGUCGAAGCUCGGCUUGACGGAAGCGCAGGCCCAACUGGACCGCAUUUCCAGCAAGUCGGACCUGGAUACAACCUUCCUCUCCCCCACUUCCCCCACGGCACCGGCUGAGGGGGGCGAGUCCUGAAGUGGGCAGUGCCCGAGUCCUCUUUCCCCCCUUCCCCACCCCUGCCCCUCGCCUCGCCUCACCUGCUGCCCCGUGAACCCAGCGCUCAGGAAAGAACCGCGAGACGAACGAUUACGAGAAACUGGGCCCUCGGGGCGUUUUGUGAAGCCGCUCGCGCUGACGGUUGCCCUGACGAUGGCGCUGGCGCUCCCGCUGCGUCUGCGCAGGACUGAGAGGCUUGACGGUUAAUGGGAGGGUCGCGAACUAAUGCUGCACUUGUUACCUUUGCGGGAAAGGAAGGGAGUGUCUGUGUGCACCGUUUGUUUCUUCCAUAGUAGGGGAAUAAUGGGAUGUUAAUGGGGCAUUAAUGUCAUUAAUUACAAUGGUGUUUUCGGGGGCAGGGAGAGUGGAGGGGAGCACUGUGAUGUGCUGCUGUGCACCAUACCUACCCCCCCUUUGCAGGCUGUGUCACGUGACCCUGAUUAAAAAGGAGGCUGCGCUGCGCGUGAACGAAAGACCGAACCAAGCGUGCGAGAAGUCCGUAUGACUGCUGUUUCCGACCGCUGCGUGAGCGGCGGGUCUGGACCCCUCUGCCCGCCUUGGGUCGCGCUGCACUCUCGCCGUACACUUUACUAUGGUAUGGAGGCCCACCGUGCCCACAUCGGUGUUAAAGCUCACGUGAGGAGUGGCAGUUUGCCGUGGAAACGGUGGGUCCUGAUGUUGCACGGUGUAAAAAUCACUCAUUAAAACUAUUUAUUCCGA